GUAUAGUUCCAACUACCGAUUUUGAUCUUUUCAACUCAUUGUAUGGAUAACCUUAUGGAUAUCUUCAUAAUAACAAUGAAGUUGUCCUUGUUUUUACUUAUCUUUGGCGUCAACAUCAUGAAUUUGUACUGUACUUACUGGUAAAAUAGUCUUAUUGAUCUGAUAGUGGUGUUCAAUGCUACAAUUAGACCAAUUUAAAGUCUUGUCUUCUUAGGAUACUGUCAAAUCUGCAAGUGUACAUAAAGCAUUUUCAUGUAAUAAAAGUAACAGUAGACCUCAUCUUGGGUGUUCAAGCAGUUAUUCACCUUUUUGCAUCUGGAGGAUAAAGGUUUGUUCAGAGCAUCGAACUCGGGAGGAAAGACUUUAUUUCGUGCUUUCGUGCCUUGUGUGUCACCAGACAGCGUUUAAAAGUGGCCGCCGAUUGUGCCCAUCUGGAAACAGAAGUUCCUUUUCGGAAGGCGGUGCUUCUGCUGAUUGGCGCUUGUUUUCGUCUUUAACCGCCACAUUUGGAACAUGAAUUAAUGUACUGGUGGGGUACAGCACACUGACAAGUACAGCGGAAGUAUUCUAAGAAUGCCGGAUCCCGUGAGUCCUGAGGACUUUGGAGCUAUCAAAUUUGACUUGAGGCAACAUAGGUGGAAGUACCGUGGAGAGGGCAAUGCCAACAUUGCAAUUAGUUUGCCAGAUCAGAGACAACUUAUUCGACUACCAAAGUUCAGGAGCUGUGACAAUCCAGGACAAGUGGAACUAUGGAGGAGGCUUUCAUCAAACAAUUCAUUUAUUUCUGUGGUGAUGAAACAGAUCUUAGGACCAAUGUUUGUUUCUCCACCUUCAUUGAUUUAUCUGUCAAUUACUGAUAUAGAUUACUUAAACAAUGAAUUGGACUCUGUCAGACCAGGUAGACUUAUUUAA